GAUGGAGGGUGAAGCCGAAUACAUCCUCCCUACCGAAACGAAAUAUGUUGGGGAAAUGAGGGACGGCAUGUUUCAUGGACAAGGAACCUUGUACUUCCCCAGUGGGAGCCGAUACGAUGCCAUUUGGGAGAAAGGAUUGGUUGUAAAGGGCACGUACACCUUCUCAGAUGGGCUGCAGUAUGAUGCGGAGAAUUGGCAUUACUGUGACGGCUACGAUCGGAGGUUUUACACUGAGAUCUGCUAUGGCUUGAAGCCCACAGGUAUCUCUCAACUCACCAAUAUGGACCCGCCUAGAAAAAUCCCUCCAGGCUGUUAUGACUGCGGAGACGGCUUCUAUAACCCGACCACGAGGAUUGUCAAGGACUAUAAGAAUCGCUUUCUGAGAAAUGCAGAUGAUGACGAGCACGAGUGGAUCAUCCGGACGUGUCGGAAGGGCUGGGACGAGACCAUGGGUCCUAAGCCCAAGCCCACGUCGGAGGGAUCCGUCUGUCUCCAGCACUUGCUGGGCCGAGAGCCCCCCUUGGACCCUUUUGAGCCUGCAGGGCUGGCACGGGGCCCAGCAGAGCACGGUCAGGAGUGGGACGGAGGACAGCAGCCAGCCUGAUU